ACAAACGUCUGCAGGUAUAUAGGUCAGGGUUAGAAACCGUGGAUCAGUAUUUAAGGAGAGGUACCACUGCUGCAGAACCAACUCACAGCGCAGAGCACUGAAGAAUCACAACACAGGAAUACAUUUAUAUCUUUUCCAGGGAUUUUUGCUAAGCUAAAGCAUGGCAAAAUCACUGACUGUAGUGGCAGUGACUUUGGCCUUACUCCUUGGGGUAAACGGCGGUGGCAUUCAUGGAGGAGGAGACUAUGGUGGCGAUGAGGGUGGAUAUGGCGGAGAUGAUGGAGGUUAUGGAGGUGGUGGUGGAGAUUAUGGUGGAGGUCAUGGAGGAGGUGGUGACUUCGGCGGACAUGGAGGCGGAGGAGACUAUGGCGGAGGACAUGGAGGUGACAUCGGUGGUGGGUAUGGAGGAGGCGGUGGAUACGGAGGUGGUGGAGGAUAUGGUGGUGGCGGUGGAGAUUAUGGACAGGGCUACAAAGAGCCGAUUGUUCACGUCAUCCACAAAGAUGUUCCAGUCUACCAUAAAGUGGCCAUUCCCAAGCCAGUACCUGUACCUAAAUAUUAUCCAGUGCCUAAACCAGUGCAUGUGCCACACCAUGUCCCUGUUCCAGUAAAGGUUCCAGUCUACAAGACCAUUCCCAAAGUUAUAACAAUCCCCAAGAGUGUACCAGUACAUAAGAUCAUUCAUGUUCCCAAACAUGUACCUGUUGGCGUUCCAGUCCCAGUCUACAAGCCAGAACCAGUACCUGUAUACAAGACGGUCCAUGUUCCAAAGCCCGUGCCAGUGCCAGUUCAUGUUAAAGUGCCAAAAUACGUACCCGUUCCAGUACAUAAGAUCAUCAAAGUACCCAAGCCUUAUCCAGUACCAGUCAAGGUCCCUGUCUACAAAGAGACACUUGUGAAGAAGCCAUUUAUUCUCCAUGUUCCGGUCUACGUUAAAGCACAAAGCGAAGGCGGAUACGGUGGUGGUGGAGGAUACGGCGGUGGUGGAGGAUACGGCGGUGGUGAUGGUGGACACGGAGGCUACGGAGGUGGCGGCGGAGGAGGAUACGGAGGAGGCGAUAGCGGAUAUGGCGGUGGAGACGGUGGAUAUGGCGGUGGCCACGAUGACGGAGGAGAUGGCGGAUAUGGCGGAGGAGGAGGAAAUGAAUAUGGCGGUGGACAUGGCGGAUGGUGAAAGCCUGAUAAAAAAACUUAACUUAAAAGUCGGAAGAAAAUCUAUUUCUUAAAAAUGAGUAUUCAACUCGAAUCAUGGACUUUGUUGUAGAUAUGGUAAUGAAAGUUGUCUUUCCUUCAUUUCUCAUUCUCACUGCUGUUAGAAUUUUCUGAGCGUUGCCAAAGCAUUUAAACAUAUAAUAUAUUUUGAACAAAACUCGAUUUAUAUAGAUUAUUUGUAUUAAAGAAAGCAAAAUUUAAAAUUCAUGUAGAGCGAAUGAUGUUUAUAAAAUACAAAAUUGUAAAUUUUUAUCAUGUGAAACGCUCUAAAAAGCAAACACUUCCACUUCGUUUUUAAUGAGGUUAUUGGUAAUAUCCAUACAUUGGAUAUAACUCAUAUGACUUCCAUAUAUUUAUGUAAAGAUUUUUAUUUCUAUUUUUUAACUGAAACCGCAACUGUUUGCUUAAUUAGAGCGUUGGCAUUCAAAUUAAAGUGCAGUUAAUUUAUCCUAUCAAGAACAAAAUCAUGCUAUAAUACGUCGGCAACGCUGUCGCUUUGUAUAUAGAAUUCAAAAAUUCUAAUCUUAAAUUUCUCCAUUUUUGGAAAUUUUGCUUCUCAGAUACUUUUACUGUUUGUGGUAUUCUGAAUGCAUCUUUUAUUCUCUUCCAAUGUACAUAUUGUAUUUGCUUGGUCAUCUUUCCUCCAGAAUGGUACUAUUUCUUGUAAUAAAUCAUUGGCGGAAGUGACAUCAUUGUAGUCACUGCGCACGCGUAUGUAUCAUCGUAUGAAUCUCCGGUCCUUUACGGGCUAUGAAAUGUAUGCGGGAUACUAUUCAUAUAUUGUUAAUAAAUUUGUUGUAUUAUUUAUAUUGUAAAA